AUGGAGAAUGGAAAACAUUGGAGUCAUUUGGAUAAACUGCGUAUGGUCUGUUUAAUCUGCCAGUUUCAGACAUUCAAGGAGACGUCGCUCUCGUGAUUCCAGAGACCAUCACGUUCACAAGAGAAGGAGGUCCCCAAAGUACGAUCACUAUGAAGCCCGACCUGUUGACAUGCAAAUAUGUCAGGGAUUGGAUGAUGAAGAAACAAAUAGAGUUCGCCACAAAACUCCCGACCGUGAUACCUACAGCGGCCGCAGCAGAAAAGAUGUGA